CAAAGCUUUGACUCAUUUAUCCAGUUCUUGCGAUUCUGAUUUUCCAAAAAUUCAGCCCAAGAGUCAUGCGAUGACAACGAGAUUUACCAUAUAGAACCCGCCAAAAUGCACGCCGACAACAUCGCAGAAGACAUUGACAUCGCCACCGCCGAAGCGCAGGGCAAAUUCCCUCGCGUGCCUGAGAAAUGGCUCUCCCGUAUCACAAACUGGGGUAUCGAACUCCGCGGCGUGGCACCGAUCCCUCUUGAAGAGCGGACAGACAGUCGCUUUAUCAAUGUGUUCUUUGUAUGGUUCACCUUGAGCACCAAUCUCCUGCCGAUCAUCACUGGCAUGGUGGGGACUUUUGUCAUGGGCAUGAGUCUGCGGGAUGCGUCGCUGGUCAUUCUGUUCUUCAACAUGCUCUGCACCGUCCCGCCCGCGUAUUUUAGCACCUUUGGUUCGAGGACGGGGUUGCGGCAGAUGCUUCAUGCAAGAUUCACAUUUGGAUACUGGCUCGUUUCAAUAAUCGUCCUUCUGAACCUCUGCACAAUCGCAGGGUUUGGCGUCGUCUCUUCAGUCCUAGGAGGAUCGACCCUUGCCGCCGUCUCGAACGGCAGCAUCGACGACACAGCAGGCAUCGUGGUUAUCGGCAUCUGCGGUAUGGUGGUCUCAUUUGGCGGCUACAGGUUCCUACACCAGUACGAGCGAUACUGCUGGCUGUUCGCCCUGGUCGCAAUUGUGAUUGCUACGGGUGUUGGAGGCAGCAAGCUAUCCCACCAAACGCCCACUGAGCCACCGACCGCCGCAACAGUUCUCUCCUUUGGUGGUGUUAUUGCCGGCUUUCUUAUUCCAUGGGCUGGCAUGGCCGCCGACUUCAGCGUCUACUGCACCCCCACCGUCUCAACAACCCGCAUAUUCACUUACACCUACCUGGGCCUCUUCCUCCCAACAGUGCCCCUAAUGACCCUCGGCGCCGCAAUCGGCGCAACUACCCCCUCAGUCCCCUCCUGGUCAGCCGGCUACGACCUGUACGGCGUCGGCGGCGUCCUCGAAGCCAUGCUCCAACCAGCCGGCGGAUUCGGCAAAUUCGUCUCGGUCCUGCUGUCGUUCUCGUUACUGGGUAACCUGGCGGCGUCAAUGUACAGCAUCUCACUGAACUUCCAGCUGCUCCUCCCCUUCUUCGUGCGGGUUCCGAGGUUUGUUUGGUCGGUUAUUUAUACCGCUAUACUCAUUCCUGUUUCUGUGGUUGCCGCAAAAUCCUUCUUCACGAACCUCGAAAACUUCCUCUACGUAAUCGCCUACUGGUCCGCGGCCUUCGUCUCCGUCGUGCUCGUCGAACACUUCCUUUUCCGUGGUGGCGACUGCACUCGAUACAAACCUUCCAACUGGGAUCGCGCCAAGUCGUUACCGAGUGGUGUUGCAGCUAUUGGCGCCAUGGCACUCAGCUUUGGGCUCGUUGUGCCGUGUAUGGGCCAGGUGUGGUUUACGGGGCCGAUUGCGGAGACGACGGGGGAUAUUGGGUUCGAGGUUGCGCUUGUGCUUGCGGGGAUACUCUAUGUGCCGUUACGGUGGUUGGAGAGGAGGGUUUGGGGGGCAUAGUGUGGAGUGUAUGUUUCUUUCCAUUUUACCGGGUGGAGGCGGCGGCGGGCGAGGUGUCGUUGACAUGUGCUGUAGAUUGGCGGGUGCCUCGCUGGAGAGGUAAACCAACACGCCUGGGAGGAGUGCAUGUAGGCGGCUGGCCAUGGAGAGAUUGUAGCCCUUAAUCCUAACGUCUUUUAGAUACAACAUCAACUUAGAAUAAAGCCGAAUGCCACUCUUUUUUCAGCACUUCAUAGUAGAUCUCUGUUUUAGGCAGCAGUUUGUUAUUAGUGACCGUCCUACCCUGGAUAGCCCUACCUUUGAUGCUACGCCAGAC